GGCGGGAAGUGGGAGGAUGACACGAGCAUCCAUAUCAUCGUCGAAACCAAUUUUCAGGUGAUCGCCUACACGCGGUCGAAGCUCCACUUCGCCAUGCUCAGCCUCUUCCUCGAGCUGCGCGCCCUGCUGCCGAACGCCAUCGUGGGAGCCAUCACGAGAGAGAGCAUGCGGAAGGCCCUGUCGACCGGCAUCAAGGGCCGCCAGGUGCUCGACUUCCUCAAGUGGCACGCCCACCCGGUCGUGAGGAGACGGACGCCUGUCGUGCCGGAGAACAUCGCCGACCAGGUUCUGUUGUGGGAACGGGAGCGAGAUCGCAUGGAACACCGCGACGGCGUUCUCGUGGACGUUUCAUAUGCCAGCCGCGACGCUUUCCGAGGCAUGGCAGAGUUCGCCAACGCAAAGCAGGGCCUGCUGUGGAGUAGCCCGCUAGGGGGGGAGGACGAAGAGGGAGGCGGCGGGGGCGGCAGCAGUAGCGGCGGCAGCGGUGGCGGGCUAGCCGGCCGGAAAAAGCUCAUGGUGGUGUCCCCGGGCAUCAUGGAGAGUUUGAACGCAGCCAUCGUCGAGAACGGGUGGACGAGCUCGUUUUGACUAGGGCCGCGCGCCUUUCGUUUGAUUGGUUGGCGCCACAAUUCUGAGUGUAGUGAGUAUUCUGCCGACAGUGCAGUAGACGGUGGGUACGCCUUUCGUUUGUUCGUGUGCUCACGCCUUGUUGUUCGCGUGCUUGUGUAUUUUUCGCCCGCCUGUCUCGUUGUUGUAUUUGUGUUACGAUAGCUCCUUUUCGCAGUGCUGCUUGGCUGUCGGGAAGGCGGGAAGGCAGUGGUGCUCGUGGUGGUACUUGUAAGCUGUGGGUGGCGCUGGCCUGGCACAUUCUCGGGACUUGGUGUCGCCGCCGCCACGGCUAUGCUGCUGCUGCUGCUGCUGCUGCAGUCAAUGUGUCGUAUUUGCUGUCGAUUGAUGAUGCGGGUUGUAUGAAAGAUGGUAUAGUGUGAUGGUAGCGUUGUUUGUGGGACACGGGGGGGAUUACUACCUGUAUGCAUAGAAAGUUUAAGCAAUUAGUUGGAUUGACGUUCCGUUAAGACAUCAAGCGUGGGAUUU